AUGGUAAGGACGAGGUCCAGGUCCAACCGAGCUGCGUCAGUGACGAGCGAAGAGGAGAGGCAGCAACUACUCGACGAAGGCGCGUCGGCGGCCCGCGAACGAGAGGCCGCACGCGCAAGCGCUGAGAGGGCGAUGGGCGCCGACGCGGCGUGCCCUCCCUCACCUCCCUCCGGACCCGCUGGCGUAACGGAAGGGCUUAGCGUCGCCGGCGCGCAACCGAUGGGCGCGGCGACAGCUAACAGCACGCUCAGGUAUGGAUUAACCGUAGAGACACCGAGGUCACCGUCCUACGACACGACAUUGCUAUGGCGAAGGGAUUUAGCCAAGCGGUUACGGCGUCGUUCCAGACCCACGCCGAUCCCAGCUAGACAUCCCAAGGCUGCCGUCAUAGACAGAACUACCGAGAAACGAAAGUCGCUGCAGGAAACUACCAAGGAGGUAAAUAAACCAAUUAUUAAAGCUCAGUCCGUCAGAUCACAUGCGAGCAGUCGCACUGUGAUAGAAGCGCAGCUGUCUCAGGCGGAGCUCGAGGCCAGCGAACGGCUAGCGGAGAUAUCCCGGAGGGAGUUGCAGCUAGAAGCGGACAUGGUACGUAAACGGCUAGACGCCAGAAAACUGCAGAUCCGCGCUAAUGCGGAUAGCGCGGACGAGCACGAAUCUGCUGGUAGCGUGCGGAAUUCGAAUCAAGAUCGAUUAGACGAAUGGCUAGAGAACUCGCGAGACGCGACGUCAAAACCCAUUUGUAAGAGGUUAACCGACGAACCUCUACCCAAGUACGAGACUCCGAGACGACCUGCGCAGGCGGAGCGGAAUAUUCGAGGCCUCUCACCGGACCGCCAGCAACGCAGACGAUCGACGACGCCGCCGGCGCGUCGCGAGCGAUCGACGUCGCCACAGCUGGACGCGCGUACUCCGCACACGGCGCACACGCGCGCCACCGAAGGUACUGUAGCAGAGUCCAUGCUGCACCUGUUCGAGAGGAUGCAGAUGGCGGCCCGUCCAGCCCCGAAGGACAUAUUCGAGCUGCCGCAUUUCUACGGAGACGUCAGCGAGUGGAGAAGUUUCUACAAUACCUACGCAGAGACAUCGAAGCGGUAUAAGUUUACUGACUACGAGAACGUGGCGCGACUCAGGAUGGCUUUACGCGGGGACGCAAAGACGUGUGUGUCUCACGUGUUAUCGACAGCCACCAGACCCGAUAUGAUCGUGAGAAUACUGAAAAAGCAGUUUGGACGCAGCGAGAAAGUGACGUACGCGACACGUCAAGCCACAACAUCCCGUUCGACGACGUGCCUGUUCUGCGGUGGCGGUCACCCGACGCCGGACAGCCGCAAGUUAGCCGCCCAAUCCAUGGGCGCUAGAUGGGAGUGGGCGAAAUUAAACCGUAUAUGCUAUCGCUGUAUCGACGCGAAGCAUAUCAAAACACAAUGCAAGGCCAAAGCGUGCGGCGUUGCAGGCUGUCCUCACGUACACCAUCGACUGCUUCAUGCGGACUCGCCGCAGGAAGUGCGUGAGGAUACGGCUAUGGUGCUAACACAAGAAAUCAGGUCAGUACCUACAUCGUCAGCAGUGACGUCAUCGGCCGAGCCAGCGGACACGACGGAGCCGCGAGCUGCGGACGACGAGAACGACGCCCGCGUGUACGUGUCGUCAACACCGGACUACAGCGUGCUGCUAAAGGUACUACCCGUAACCGUAUCAGGUCCAAAGGGAACGGCGCAUAUCUUCGCUUUCCUUGACGAUGGAUCCACCUUGUCAAUGAUCGACCAGGACGUCGCGGACGAGAUCGGCGCGGUCGGUCAAGACGAGCCGCUAUGCAUAAGAGGUAUUCAGCGGUUGAAACUUAGCUCAGUGACACAGACGGUCAAGGCUAAAUCAUUAAAUAAGAAGCGUCUAUUGGAAUACGAACAUCUGGCGGACUUGGGCGACGAGUGCUACACGGGCAUGGGCGUGCCGCAGAUGUUAAUAGGCGGAGACUUCAGUCAUCUUAUAAACCCAACGGAGGUGAGGCAGGGCGGCGAGGACGAGCCGUGCGCAGUUAAAACCUCGUUAGGAUGGGUUUUCUUCGGGCGAAUGCCGAGGUAUGUACCAAAUAACGAGCAGGUCGUGAUGCACUGCCACAGUGACGACAGUGAUCUCGUGGAGCAGGUCAAGAAACACUGGGCAGUCGAGGCGCUUGGCAUAACUGCAAAGGACAACAUUCGACCCGACGACCAGCGAGCGAUCGAUACAUUCGAACGAACAGUAAAAAAGGUAGGACAGAGAUACGAAGUCGGCCAACUAUGGGCUGCCGACGACAUAAAGCUGCCACCGAGUUUCAACAUGGCGAAGGCGAGAUUACGCAAUCUAGAAGCCCGCAUGUCGAGAGAUCCUGACUUCGCCAACGAGUAUCAAGCACAGAUACACAAGCUUCUGGAAAAGGGGUAUGCAGAGCGCAUCAUGGAACCACCGCAGUCAGAUCGGAUGUGGUUUCUGCCCCAUUUCAGCGUCUACAAUUUAAAUAAAGGAAAGUAUCGCGCUGUAUUCGAUUGCGCCGCGAAAAGUCAGGGAUGUGCAUUGAACGAUUUCAUCCUCGCGGGACCGGAUUUACUACAGAGCCUGCUGGGGAUACUUCUUCGAUUCCGUGAGUGGGAAUUCGCCGUCACCGCGGACAUACAGGAAAUGUUCCUUCAAAUACAGCUGCGAAGAGAGGAUCGGCAUAGUCAGCUCUUCAUCUGGAGGGGAUCGCGGCGUGACGUGACACCGUGGACGUACCAGCUAAACCGGGUAUGUUUCGGUAACAUCUCUUCUCCUUUUCUCGCACACUCGGUGCGGAAUAGGAAUGCGACGGACAACAAGGAUCGAUAUCCGGACGCGGUCUACGAUAUCCAUAAUAAUCACUACAUGGACGAUUAUGUGGCAUCAUAUGAGACAGAACGGGAACUCAUAUCAACAGCGACACAGGUGAGACUAGCACACGCGGAGGCUAGCUUUCGGCUGCGCAGCUACGCUAGCAACAGCGAGUUGUUAAUGCGAAACAUCGAUCCGGAGGAGCGAGCGACGGGACCUUCUCAUCUCGGAGAAAAGCAACAGACCGUCCUCGGAAUGACGUGGGACCCAGAGACGGAUACGCUGGGGUACAACACGAAAAUGCUACGAGUGCCAGACGACGUGAAAAGGUACGAGCGAUCGCCCACUAAAAGGGAACUUUUGAGUGCCGUAAUGUCAGUUUACGACCCAUUAGGCCUCAUAGCGCAGUAUAUGAUAAGCGCUAAGAUCAUAUUCCAACGUGUGUGGACAAAGGGCACGGACUGGGACGAGCGGCUGCCGGCGGAGGAAGCGGAGGACUUUUUCCGGUGGCUGAGGGCACUGAGCGACGUGUCCGCGCUGCGAAUACCCCGACGAUACGCCACUCCCACCGGUGCAGUUAGAAGAGAACUGCAUAUUUUCAGUGAUGCAUCGACCGAGGCCUACAGCGCGGCGGCCUAUUGGCGAGUAUCGAACGACGAGGAGGAAACGCAAGUGAGCUUAGCUAUAGCGAAAAGCCGAGUUUGCCCGCUAAAGGUAAUGACAGUUCCCAGGCUCGAAUUAACCGCAGCAGUCGUCGGCGUGCGGCUGGCGGAGACAAUUUUACGCGAGCAGCGUUAUCCUGUGACAAAGGUGACGUAUUGGACAGAUUCCAUGGUUGUUCUCGGAUGGGUUCGCGAUGACGCGCGAAACUAUCGUCCGUACGUGUCACACCGACUUGCGGAGAUCGCCGAGAAGACAGAUAGAGACGCGUGGAGGUAUGUACCAACCGCUCAGAACCCCGCAGAUCGAGCGACGAGAUGUCAACCAGCGCAGAGCGUGCGCAUCGAGGACGAGUGGUACGAGGGACCGCGCUUUCUCUAUGGACCCGAGACAUCAUGGCCUAGUCACACAUCGAAUCGAACAGACGACCUGCCUGAGAGGAAGGCGAGGCCGUCGACCGAGACAUCACUGGCGAUCAUCUCAGCGAAGCCAGACCCUUCGAGCGUACUGCCAGACGUGAGACGAUUUAGCAGUUACGACAGACUGUUGAACGCGACAGCGAACGUCUUGCUAUUCAUCGAGAAGAUGAGAACGAAGAAUAAAGCCUUGCAGCUACAAGUCAGACAUUUGAGAAAGGCAGAACACAUGUGGUUGCAGUGCAGUCAACGACGAAGCUUUCCCGAAGAGCUUCGAGCCUUAAGCCAGAAUAGGCUCAUCGAUCGCAAAUCGCGAUUAUACGACCUGGCACCCGAGCUAGGCGAUGACGGCGUGUUACGCAUGAAGACGAGGCUGGGCAGCGCUCCAGUAUUGUACACCGCGCUACAACCGAUAAUACUGGAUGGCCGCGAGCCGUUCACCCGUCUACUCAUCCUGCGAGCUCACCGACGAUCAGCGCACAUUCACAACGAAGCAGUAAUCAACGAACUGCGACAAGAAUAUUGGAUACUACAUCUGCGGCCGACCGUGAAGUCUGUAGCUCGAAACUGCGCGCUAUGCACACUACGACGAGCAACACCGAGAGCGCAGCCCUUAGGCGAUCUCCGCCCGAGCGACUACAGGCGUAUCAACGUCCCUUCACUCACACCGCACAAGACUACAUGGGACCGAUGUUCGUCACGAUCGGACGGCGCAGAGAAAAACGCUGGGUGUGUCUAUACACGUGCCUAG